AUGGUAAUAGAUUACUUUUCACCCCUGUCAGUCAGCGCGUUAUCACUUGGUCGUGUGACUUCAUAUAGCUUGUCACCUCCUGUCAAUGUGACCAUCAAAGCGGUGAAAGCAAACUCUGCUGUGGUGACAUGGGACAUCCCAGAGGGAGACCCCGUCAUUGGCUUUGCCAUCACACAGCAGAAGAAAGACGUGCGCAUGCUGCGAUUCAUCCAGGAAGUCAACACCACCACACGCUCCUGUGCAUUAUGGGACUUGGAGGAAGAGACAGACUACAUUGUGCAUGUCCAGUCCAUCAGCAUGUCUGGCACAAGCCCGCUGAGCGAACCCCUGCGCUUCCGAACGCCGAAGGAGGCCGAGACUCAGGCCUCUAAGAGUAAAGACGAAGUGACGAUGGAGGAAGUGGGCCAGACCACCCAGCUGAGGGCGGGGGAGCUCAUCAUCAUCGUGGUGGUACUUAUCAUGUGGGCAGGUGUGAUUGCUCUCUUCUGUCGCCAGUAUGACAUAAUCAAAGACAACGAGCCCAACAACAACAAGGACAAAGCCAAAAACUCCUCCGAGUGCAGCACUCCUGAACAUCCGACGGGUGGGCUGUUGCGCAGUAAGUUCCCCAAGAACAACAACAACAACAACAAUAGGAUGCCAUCUGUCAACAUCAUUGAGGUGUGACUGCCAGGACGUCUUCUCUUUAUCCAAAAGACUUUGUGUUCUCACAAACAAGCGGGCCCCUUUUUAAGCCCAUCUGCUUAUCAGGAUGAGGCUGAGACUCUGGGCCCCUCGUGGCACUUACUCUCCUUUGGCAAGGGGCCUGGCACUGAAGCGAAGCCGCAGGACUACGGGGGCAAGGCCUGGCCGGUGCCGGUCUGAAAGCAGAGACGGCGGCGGAGCUCAAUAACUACUGUACCAUGGGGCAGCAGAGGUUAGGCCAAACAGCUCCGGCGGUGGAGAGUCUGCAGAUAAACCAACCCCAGGGACCAAAAGCUGAUGAGCAGAGCCAGAGACCUCUUCAUUCUCUCUCCCGCCCUCUAUCACCUUUUCCUUCUCACCGUCGUCCAGCACGUUACCACAAACCUGGACAUCUGUCCUUCCUGGGUGGCACAGAGAUGCAUCCACUUUGUUGAAAUUGUCCCCUGUACUUAAAUCGCAUCCUCGACACCUUAUUUUCUUCACAUCCUGUAUUCAAUGUAAACACUGUAGAUCACUCAAGUGUAUUACUGUAGUUCUACUUAUUUGACUUUUAACAAGCUACCACUAGAACAGUGUUGUUGUUCUGGUAUCUCUGUUUUUUUUUUUUUCUAGAACCCUCCUCAGGCAGAAAUUCUUUGCCGUCCUGUGGGAAAUGUUUUCAUGCUGGCGAUGUUGUUUUCCCCCCUCAGGGAGUCCAGACUCCACCUGGCUAAUUUAGGAGCCAUUUCUUAGAUGUGCUGUGAUGACGCCAGAGCACCUUUAGAGGGAUCACUGAGCUCACCACCAAGUUAAAUCACCCAAUCUUGUUGGAAAACUCAUCACUCACAACACAUACAUACAGUAAAGUCCUUAAACAGACGGGGUUCGGUAUCAACUUGCUCACAUUUGCUUUUGUCCUCAGCUUCUUUUAUGCUUUUAUUAUAGGUUUCUGCAAUGUUACAUUCCACAUCCAGGAUGAGCCCUUUAGUAUUUCCUUGUGUCUUUCUCUUGUGAUGGAUUUCAAAGCAUUCUGGGGAGGAAAAAGAACUGCCAUAGUGGAGUUUAUACGUCUAAUUAAUGAACUUUAAAAGGGGGCUGGACUCUAUGGAGAGACGCCGAAGAGAUCCCUUAUAUCAGCAAUAACAGCCUUCAGAGAAGCAUGCAAGCAAGGACUCAAACUCUGUAGCCUCUUUAUCCAAAACCACCUCCCAGCAUGCAAUGUUCUGAUGACAGAUGAACCAACUGCACAUCUAAUAUGAGGGAAUUAAUCCUGAGCCCUUAUUUGCAGUUGAUCCAUCUCCUGAACUUUCAGAGAAAAGUCUUUCAGCGCUGUUGUAAAUACUCAGUUUCUGAUGGAGAGCAUGGAGAGAAAAAUACUUUUUAUGAGCCCAGCCUUCAACCCUGAGACAUCCUUGUGACAUCCUGAACAGAAGGGCUUCUAUCAAGACUUUUUCACAAAUACAAUGUGUUGAAACUCCAUGUUAAAGAGGCUUAAAAAACAAUGAUGAGGGAUCAUCUGUUGCCAUAUGGCACUGUGCGCUGUAUACUGUGAGGGAACUUGUUUUACGAAUGGUGUAUUUGAGGGCUGAUUCAAACUCAGUAGUGCUGCCUUAAAAAUAAUUAUAACUUAUGAUUUGUCUAAUGAGACGG